CAAUUUCCACCGUCGCGGAGAGCAAGGAGCUUCGCGGGUCUGAACCUCAUCGCCGCCCACUCCCAUAUCAGAGGUCUUGGUGUCGAUUUCGACUCACUACAGCCUCGAACAUCCUCUCAGGGCCUAGUCGGCCAGGAGAAGGCGCGCAAGGCCGCCGCCGUGAUCCUACAGAUGGUCAAGGAAGGCAAAAUUGCCGGGCGCGCAGUUUUGAUCGCAGGACCCCCCAGUACCGGUAAAACGGCCAUCGCAAUGGGCAUGGCACAAUCGUUAGGGUCGGACGUACCGUUUACCAUGCUUGCUUCCUCGGAAAUCUUCUCGAUGGAGAUGUCGAAGACUGAGGCUCUCACCCAAGCAUUCCGGAGAUCGAUCGGUGUGCGAAUCAAAGAAGAAAGCGAGAUCAUCGAGGGUGAAGUGGUGGAGAUUCAGAUUGACCGCAGCGUGACUGGGGGUAAUAAACAAGGAAAGCUCACUAUCAAGACCACCGACAUGGAAACGAUUUACGAUAUGGGAACCAAGAUGAUCGACUCAAUGACAAAGGAGCGGGUGAUGGCAGGAGACGUGAUCUCGAUCGACAAGUCCUCCGGCAAGAUCACCAAGCUUGGUCGAUCGUACGCCCGUUCGCGAGACUACGACGCGAUGGGCGCCGAUACCAAGUUUGUCCAGUGCCCCGAGGGUGAGCUGCAGGUUCGCAAGGAAAUCGUCCACACUGUCAGCCUCCACGAGAUCGACGUGAUCAAUUCCCGGUCACAGGGCUUUCUGGCUCUGUUCUCCGGCGACACCGGCGAGAUUCGCAGCGAAGUCCGGGAUCAGAUCAACACCAAGGUGGCAGAAUGGAAGGAAGAAGGCAAGGCUGAGAUCAUCCCCGGUGUCUUGUUUAUCGAUGAGGUGCACAUGCUCGACAUUGAGUGCUUCUCCUACAUCAACCGCGCUCUGGAGGCAGAAUUGGCGCCCAUUGUCAUUAUGGCGAGCAACCGGGGCCAGGCGCGGAUCCGUGGCACCACCUACACCUCUCCUCACGGGUUACCGCUUGACUUCCUGGACCGGGUUGUGAUUGUGAGCACGCAGCCGUACUCGCCCGAUGAGAUCCGUCAGAUCCUGGCCAUUCGGGCCCAGGAGGAGGAAAUCGACGUGUCGCCCGACGCUCUGGCGCUCCUGACCAAGAUCGGUGAGGAGUCGAACCUCCGCUACGCCAGCAACAUCAUCACCACGUCGCACCUCCUCAGCCAGAAGCGUCGGGCCAAGGAGGUCAGCGUCGACGACGUCCAACGCAGCUUCCGGUUGUUCUACGACCCGGGGCGCAGCGUCAAGUUCAUCAGUGACUAUGAGCAGCGGUUUAUUGGCGACCAAGGUGCCGUGACGUUCUCUGUGGCCACCAACGGUGAUGCGAUGGAGCUUUCGUAA